CAUGAAAUCAUUAUCUGAGACGUGGGGUUCUGAUUUAGUUUUGUUCCCGCAUUAAGUAUACGUUUGUCUAUUUGUUUCAUAAUUACAGUAUUUACUUUUCCCUUUAUUUACCCCAAAAUGGAAGUGAAAUGUGACCAUGUGACCCAUAGAUGAGGCACAUUUGAAACACGUGAGGGGCACGAUAUAUCAUGACCAUACGACAGCAUAAAGCGAUUAUGAAUUGCAUCUAUUAACAUUUUAUAAUGUUCUCUGAGGUUCACUUACAAUGGUAGUCUGAUUUUACAUUAAAACAACUUAAUUUUGAAGUAGUAGGCUAUUUUCUGUAUAGGUUUUGAGCCUCUGCAGAAGGUGUGGCGCAUUCAAAACUCGCAAGUAAACGCCCACUGCUAUGAUUUGGCUAACAAUGUCGCUUAUUAAAAUACAGAUGAACGCUGCUGUGUGGAGAAGCGUCAAACUGCAGUCUGCGGUGGACCCACAUCCAAGUGUGACGUCAGACACCACGCCCAUGUCCAAAUAGUGUAAAUUGGAGAUGAUUGUGGGCACCACAGCUGCCUAUAUUGACCUUGAGCUAUUCAGCACUUCUGACAAGUUCUUGCAGAAGCUAGACAACAAUGAAGCUCUGCUCGGCUCCUAUCCUGUGGAUGAUGAGUGCAGAAUACAUGUGACAGACCGAAGUGGUACGCAGAGCGCGGAGUUCACUGAUUUGUCAAAGGUGGAUAAAUUCGAGAUCUCUGAUGAAGCCUAUGAAAAAAGAGGAGAUUCAAUACGGACCUUCAAGAAGAAUUUAAAGUUAGGUCGAUUUAAUGAGGAAAACAGGGCCAAGCAAGAAGAGGCUCUUGCUAAGAAAGAAGAGGAGGAGAAGGUGGCUGCUGGAUCCAUUGCUGUUGGGAACCGCUGCAAAGUUGAAGUUGUUGGGCAGCCUAGCAAGAUUGGCACUGUUAUGUUUGUGGGUACAGUAGAUUUCAAACCAGGCUACUGGGUUGGUGUGAAAUAUGAUGAGCCGCUUGGGAAGCAUGAUGGCAGUGUGAAUGGGAAACGUUACUUUGAAUGUGAGCCAAAAUAUGGCGCCUUCAUGAAGCCCCUCUCAGUGAUUGUGGGAGACUUCCCUGAAGAGGACUAUGGUUUGGAUGAGAUGUAAGACUCAGUUGAUGAGCAGUCAAGAUGAGCAGAAAGAUCCUUUCUUCCAGAAGUUUGGCUCCAUGACAUCGCUGCGGUAGAAGGUUUUUUGCUGUCGGUGCAGAUAAUUUUGUUUUAUGCUGGUGUGGAAAAGAUCAGCAAAAAUUGUACCUUCAUUUCCUGCAGUCAAAUUCGAGGAAUGAUCUUAAACAACAUCUGUGCCCUGGAGACUAGAAGUAACUGGUGAGAUAAAUGUGAGAACACCAGCUGAGGUCAGAGUAAAGAAAAGCAUUCGCUAGCAGACCAAAUCAUUUCAAAAUUCAAACACACCCAACCAACUACAACAGAAAAUGUAUUUCACAUUUUUGCAAUGCUGUACACACUGUAUUGUAUCAAUGUAUUCUGCACUAAUGAAUUCCUCCUCUUCUGCAGCCUGUUAUAUUCUUUUGCAUCAGUAUGACUAUGUUUAAGGUUUCAGUCCCUCAUUGUCUUUAGCACUUUAGCGAUUAGCUCACUAAUGAGAUGUGUAAAGUAGAAUCCCGUGGCUUCAGUUUUUCCAUGGUUCUGUAUUUUCAGUGUAAAUUACAGAAAUGUGAUUAAGUCUUGCUUUUCUUGUGAAAAUUGGCGGUAAGCAUUUUCGUGCAUGUCAAAUUUACGUUUAACAGAAAGGCCUAACGUUUUUAAUGGAAUUCUGUUAAGUAAAAUCUCUUUCAAAUAAAUUCAUGUGCCGAUUUUGGACAUCCUGCAGAAA